UACAAAGUCGUACACAGUCCGAGAAGAUAUACAAAAACAUCACACGAGGUUCAUCACAAAAAGAACCAAUCGAAUCCCGGCGGCUAUUUUUGACUGAAUCUUCUGUCCGCGUGGACAAUAAAAAAAAAGCAUGCUGUUCAGAAUCCUUCUCGUCGAUGAACAAACUGCAAGUUACUUGAGAUAACUUUGAUAUAUCGACCGCCACCUUAGUCCAAGUAACCAAGCAUCAAAUACCAACUUCUUUGAGCAGAUCUUUGAUGCCCAGCAAGGCAUAACACCAAAAACGCCCCAUUCAGACAAUGACACCUCCCAGAGAAAUCCCAGGCUUCUUCUGGGACGAAGACAAGAAGAAGUACUUCAAAAUCGAGCAAAGAGGCCCACCGGCGGCGUCGCAAUACUCGGCCCAAAACGUCAAGAAGCGACAGGCCGAGGCGCACGACGAGGCCGUCAAGGCCAUGAGGGCCGCCAUCCCCAGCGUCAGGCCCGACGCGCAGAAUCCGCUCGCGGACCCCAUCGUCGGCGGGCUGUUCCGGCACGACCUGGGCGAGCAACCUCCCGACCUGGCCAGGGCCUGCUGGGUCGACGGGCUGCAGUUCAAGGGUGCUGCCGUCGUCGGGAGCCCCUGGGGAGGUUCGCCGGUCGUGAGCUUCUUGGUCACUGGUGCACAUCAUCAGCAAGGAGACGAUGGUCUCAUCAUUGCAGCAACUACACGUGAAGACAUGGUCAAGAGCGUCUUCUCGCGGGAUAAAUACAACCAUGUUCAAGACAAUCCGAGCAGACACUCAAAACUCCUCGCGGCAGCAAUACCACCCAUGCCAAUACCAAUCACUGGCCUGGCUUGGGGUCGUAGAAGCGAUGCCGAAGACCCAGGCUGGCCGGUAUUUGCAUACUCAAGCGCGGAGGUCCACGGAGGCGAACCCGGCAUGCCCUUCUUGUACUUGCGCCGCGGACCCUCAGGCCAAUUCGAGGGGUUAAACUUGAUGAACUACUACGAGUUCGACUGUCCCGAGGGAACAUCCUGCAUACCACCCGUCACGAGUUGCGUCACGGCACCGGGCGCCGCAAGAGGAAUCAUGGCUGUCGUGGGAACCAAGCAUGGACUGGCCACCAUUGACCGCACCGAGUCGGUGAGCGAGGUGGGGUUCGCGGUGAGGUCGCCGGGCAGCCGCAGCACGGGGAACACAGUGCUCGCCCUGGACUUUGUGAAUGACCACCCGGACGUGCUAGUGUUGGGUGGCCGGGGAGGCACGGGAAUCUGGAUUACUGACCUCCGUGAGGCCGCCAGGCAGCUGACAAGGGGAGGCAAUGAUGACGCCGACAGACUGGAUGGGCCGCAGGAACAACAACCAAACAUCCUCGCCUGUCACCCAGGCCACCAUGACGCACGCUACGCCGCGCUCAAGUUCCCCGAAUGUACUACGCCCACGACAAGGGUGGGCACCUUGCCAAACAGAGACCUCCUAUACGUGCUCGGUAACGGGAAGCCCGCCCAGCCCCGCCGACCAGACACAAGCUGCCGCUGGCUUGAGGUCUCAGGCGACGCCGGCGGGGCCGUGAAUCACGUCGUCUCUCUCAACCAGUACCAGGUGCUCGCCGCCGGCAUCGGCGACCGCAUGGACAUCUGGGACAUGCGGCGCGGCCUCAACCAACAGCAGCAGCAGCAUCCUUGCACCAGCUUCCCGGGCUACAAAAACGCCGCCCGCCUGGGGACGGGGCUGGCCGUGGACAAGAAGCUCGGCAUCGUGGCCGCCGCCAACUACGAAGGGCCCGACAGCUUCUGCCCCGUCAAGCUGCACUCGCUGGCGACGGGGAGGGAGAUGCCGUGCCGCGCCCUCGACGACGAGAUGCAGCAUCUUCAGGGCCUCGAGGACCCCAACUACAAGCCUCCUCUGGGCAUCCCGUCGCCCUGCCUGCGCUGGGAGACGCUGCGCGGCGACCGAGACGCCAGCUUGUUCGUGGCUAGGGGCAAUCGCGUGCUCAAGUUUAGCUUUGGCUUGGAGACUGGACUGGUCGACGAGUUUUGACGGCGGCAGAAAGUUGUUUGGCGCGUGGGCACAAAACUAAGUUAGUGCAACCUAUACUCGAGUAUGAAAUGUCUCGAGUGCUGGACAAUGAGAAGCAGAAAAGAAAAAGAAAAGAAAAAUAAAAAUAAAACAGAAAACGAAUCUCUCUAAUCUGUUAUGGCGUCUCACCAAAAAUUUCUGCAUUAAACGCCCAGCCUAUUGACAGAGUCUAAACAUGCUUUGCAUACGGUGAGGAAAUGGCCUUUUGCUUCUUUUCUACACUAUGUCUCGGGCAGUCUGGGCAGUGGAAAUAGUGUCUGUAGUGGGUCAAUGCCGAUUCAAAAGGAAACACUCGCCAAGACAAAUGUUCGUGCCACGUCCGUACUUGCCCAAAAAGAAACAUCUACAAGAGAAGCCAAGGUUAGGUAUACACCGGGGUAUACAAUGAUACUGGUGACGAAGGCCUGCCCCGUAGGAUACCAGAGUCGGAC